UAGUAGCCAUUUCUUGCCACAUCUUUUUGACCAUACAAAAAUGAAACCCAAACACCUUACAUUCCAAAUUUAACAAUCUUUCUGUUUGAAAAUAAAAAGCACAUAUUUUUAUUCCUUUUAUUCUUCGCUUUGCUAGAUUUGGAUCAUCUCCCAUGGGUACCGUAGUUAGUGCUUUGGAUACACCGGCGCCUUAUGUCAAUAUGGAUAGUCCCAUAGCGCAAUUCGUACGCGAUACCAUACAGAAUAAUAAGGUGGUGAUAUUUAGCAAAACUUAUUGCCCCUACUGCAGCAUGGCCAAGGAGCAGUUCCGUAAAUUGAGGGUGACUCCGUUCGUUGUUGAGCUGGAUCUACGUCCGGAUGGCGGGGAGAUUCAAGCGGUUCUGGGUGAGAUGACCGGAGCAAGGACUGUGCCCCGCUGUUUUAUCAAUGGCAAAUUUAUUGGCGGUGGCACAGAUGUGAAGCGCCUCUAUGAGCAAGGAAUAUUGCAGAAAUAUUUUCAAUAAAAUAUCCAACAGAUUUUGCCAUUAGCAUUGUUGGAGGUGCUUGGUGAAAAAUAUUAAUAAUAA